AGAACUAGACUUGUCAAUCGGUGAAUGUCAAACAAUCUAAAUUUGUCAAGUGGAAUUUACCAAGAAGCUAAAUUUUUUCGUUUAUUUCUCUGUAAAAGCAAAAAUAAAAUAUAAAAAUUGUUCAAAAAUUUAUUUGGCUGCAUGUAUUUAUUGUAUAAGUCAAAAUUUAUAAAGUUCUGAAAAACAUGGUGGCAGUAAUAUAAACGAAAUGAAUUCAAAGCCUCAUAUUUAUCAUGAAAAACAAGUAAAAGAACUUUGUGCUUUACAUGCGUUAAAUAAUUUGUUUCAAAUGCGUAAUACAUAUUCGAAAUCCGAUUUAGACUCAAUAUGCAGUCGAUUGUCCCCAAAUGUGUGGAUAAACCCACACAGAUCAAUGUUGGGUUUUGGCAACUACGACAUCAAUGUGAUAAUGGCUGCAUUACAGAAAAAAGGCUGUGAGGCAAUAUGGUUUGACAAAAGAAAAGAUCCUGGAUGCUUGGAUUUAUCCAACAUUUGUGGUUUUAUAUUAAAUGUCCCUUCAGAUUACAAGUUAGGUUUUGUCAUGCUGCCCAUUCGCAGGCGACACUGGAUUGCGAUAAGGCAAAUUCAAGGGAAUUUCUAUAAUUUGGAUUCUAAACUGGAUUCACCGCAGUUAAUUGGCAGGAACACUGACUUAAUAUCAUAUCUGAAAGAGCAACUAGAUUGUAAAGAAAAGGAACUAUUUGUGGUUGUUAGUAAAGAAGUUGAGGAGAAACAGCUCUGGAUCAAUCAGUAUACACUCCACAAUAGAUUAGACUCACACAAGGAUAUACCCAAUUGUGAUAGUGUGGACAGUAUCAACUCACAAAAUGAAUAUAAAAAUCGCGAUUCAGAGUGCCUCAGGUUGAAUGAAGUGAGAAACUGUGUUGCUAGUGCUGAAAACAGUUUUUAAGUGUAUGAAACAAAUUGGUAUCAUCUAAUUUUGUGUGUGUAUUGUGUGGUUUGAAUUUUGAGUGAAUGUUGGUUUGGGGUUAUACUUUUGUUUGUGGGGUACAAGCUAGUAGAGGUUUUUUGUAAAACCUCUUCAUUGUGUUAAUCAUAGACAGAGAAGGCAUUGACAGUAUAAAAAAAUAUAAAUAUACAAUUGCAUCACAAAUAAAUAAGGUUUAUGUCAAAAUAUAUGUGUGUGAGCAGGACAUAGCUUAUUCUUUUUUAUCUAUUUGCAUAUAGAUGUUGUUUACCACACUAGUCAUUGAUGGCACAUAAUAAUUUUCAGGAUAUUUAGUGUGUAGUGAUGGUGAAUUGACUUCAAUAUGGCUAUUAUAGUCAAAAUGUACGGAAUUUACCAAAUAUAAUCUUUACUUAGCCCAUAAAUCAAAGAUUUUGUUACUGAAAAAUAUUUUCUAACAGUAAUGAUAGAAAUUUAUAAUGUAUCGUUAAUUUAAAUUGAAACAUGAUAAAUUACUAUUUUACUUUUAUUUUUGCGUUAACCAGAGAAUGAGUUAAUUAAUUUAUGUAAUGUUGUUGUUUAUUUGUGUAAUUUACUGUAGUUGGAUAAUAACUUUAAUGCAGAAUUAUUGCGAGUGUAUAUCCAUAGGAUUUGACUACGCCCUAUUCUCUGUCUAUGGUUAGAAUGAAUGAAUUAACAAUGUGGAUUAUUUAAUAGGUUAUGAAAACUUAUUACUUUUUAAAAUAGAUUUUAUGUGCUGUAACUCCAAAAUGAUACAGGUGCCAGUUUUAUUUAAAUUAUUUGUUGCAUAAUUAUUAUUGUUAUUUUGUUUCAUUGUUGAUUUUUAUUCUAUAUCAGGUUUGGGUUAAAGCAAUAUGCAUGGCCUUAACAUGUAUUUCAAUUUAUAUAUGACUGUGAAGACUUGAUACUCUGUAAUUGUGUAUAUAAUAUGUACUGUCAUAGAUUUUUUAUGGAAAUUAGAAAUUCUUAUACUCUGUAGAUUAGUAUUGCUAUUAUAAAAAAAAAUUGUAAUCCUUUAUCCAGUAUAAUAGUAAAAUAUGACAUGUAAUACAAUGAAUACAUUUAAAUAUUGAACAUUCUUAAAAAAACUCGAGAUACAUUUGUAUACACAUAUUUUAACUUAAAUAAGUUAAAAUAUAUUUAAAUAAAUCCAUGUUGGUUAGUCUUGUCAGUAUAGAGUUCUAUAUGCAAGUUUGAAUUAGAAACUGACGAUGUUUUUUUUUAAGUUAGUAUUUAUAAACGAAUUUGAGUGGUGUGUAAGGCCUGAUACCAGAGAAGUUACAAACCAACUAUUUAUUUAAACCAAAAAAAAAAAGUUACAGAACUCCAUACACUAUGACAUGUUUUUGGCUUGACCCCCUCUCUCAUAAUUAUGGGGUACCGCCUAAUUUAUUUUAAACUUCUAAUUGUUUUUCUCCAAUGUUCAACUUUUUCCAUAAAAUAAGCUACUAUCGGUAUUUCAGAAUCGAAUCGUGAUUAUAUUUCAUGAUUAUAAUAAAGUGGUGUUGGUACAUUCUAUCUUUUCAUUGUUUUCCACGAUAACCAACUAACAUAAUCCAUUAGAAAUUUUCAUGUAAAUUGUCUCAAUUUUUUACUUCGCUUACAUAAGUUUCAGUUUAGUUAAAAAAAAACAAUUUAAAAUUGUCUUCCAAUUUCGUGUUAAUAACAAUGUAACAUAAAGAAAUAUUCUAAGUUAAGUAGAUUUCAUAGUCAACAUUCUUAACAUAUUUUCAUCCAAAAGAUGUAUUUAAAGAUUAAUCUUUGUUACCAAUCAACUGUAUUUUAUUUUUAUAAAGUAAUAUUAAACGCAACUCGUGUUUGUUAAUGUCCCAUGUAAAUUUAGGAUAAUAUUAAAUUCUAUUCAUGAUUCAAUAUUUUGUUUCGUUUGAUUAAAUAUCAAUGUGGGUCCUUUUCAAAUUAAGUAUUUUUUUAGGAAUUAUGUAAGCGUCUAUGUCGAUCUACUGUAAAUAGAAAAAUAAAAGU